AUGCUGCUGCUGCAACACGUCUGGAGGAGGCGGAAGAGACGCGGUGCAGUGGACACUGACGGAGGGAGGCGGAGCAGCCUAUAGGAGCAGAGGAGCAGACAGACUACUACAACACACCGCUGAUGGAGAGGGGGAGAGAGAGGGAGAGAGAGAGAGAGGAGGAGGAGGAGGAGGAGGGCAGACGACCGACAAGAAACGGGGGAUUAGGUGACUGUACCCCGCCGACGGAGACCCAGCCUCCCCAAGACAAACAAUACACCCAGGUUGUGACGGAUCUUCAUUCAGCUCCAACAAGCAAGUGAGCAGAGUCUCCGUCAUGGCGAGACUCGUCCUUUCCCUCCUGCUGCUGUGUGGAUGCCAACAUAGCUCCGGCUUGUCCCCCGAGGCCCAGAAGGAGGCGAGCGCCAACGACAACAGCACCGUCUUCACCAGGAUCCUGGACGGGCUCCUGGACGGCUACGACAACCGGCUGCGGCCGGGGCUCGGAGAGAAUGUCACCGAGAUCAAGACGAACAUCUUCGUCACCAGCUUUGGCCCCGUGUCCGACACAGAGAUGGAAUACACCAUCGACGUCUUCUUCCGUCAGAGCUGGAAGGACGAGCGUCUGUGCUUCAAGGGGCCCAUGGAGCGGCUGCCGCUGAACAACCUGCUCGCCAGCAACAUCUGGACCCCUGACACCUUCUUCCUCAACGGCAAGAAGUCCAUCGCCCACAACAUGACCACGCCCAACAAGCUGCUGAGGCUGAAGGACGACGGCACGUUGCUCUACACCAUGAGACUGACCAUAUCUGCAGAAUGCCCCAUGCAGCUGGAGGAUUUCCCCAUGGACGCACACGCCUGCCCUCUCAAGUUUGGCAGCUAUGCCUACCCAGUGUCAGAGGUGGUCUACACCUGGACUCUGGGAGCCGCAAAGUCGGUGGAGGUGGCGGAGGACGGCUCCAGACUCAACCAGUACCAUCUGACUGGGCAAACUGCCGGAACGGAGGACAUACACACGAGCAGAGGUCAGUACACAGUGAUGAUGGCCCACUUCUACCUGAAGAGGAAGAUUGGAUAUUUUGUCAUCCAGACGUACAUGCCCUGUUUCAUGACAGUGAUCCUGUCCCAGGUGUCGUUUUGGCUGAACCGAGAGUCGGUUCCUGCACGGACUGUCUUCGGGGUGACCACCGUGCUGACCAUGACCACGCUCAGCAUCAGCGCCAGGAACUCGCUGCCCAAAGUGGCCUACGCCACGGCCAUGGACUGGUUCAUCGCCGUCUGCUACGCCUUCGUCUUUUCUGCCCUCAUCGAGUUCGCCACGGUGAACUACUUCACCAAGAGGAGCUGGGCCUGGGACGGCAAGAAGCUGGAGGCUCAGCACCCCAAGAAGCGAGACCCCAUGGUGCUGUCCAAGAAGCCCAACAACGUCUGCUCGGCAGGCGUCAACUACACGCCCAACCUCACCAAGGACGUGUCCAUCUCCACCAUCUCCAACACCACGUCGGUGCAGCUCCGGGCGGCGGAGACCAAGACGCUGGACCCCAAGAAGACGUACAACAGCGUCAGCAAGAUCGACAAGAUGUCGCGGAUUGUGUUCCCCGUCCUGUUUGGAACCUUCAACCUCGUCUACUGGGCCACGUAUCUGAACAGAGAACCAGUGGUCGUCACCUCCACGUAAUCGCUCGCCUCUUUACUGUUCUUUGUCUUUGUGGAGAGUUUGUGUACAGGAGGAGGUUUGAGUGGACUAAGACAACGUGCCCUAGACAAAAAAAUAAAAAUAAAAUGAAAACAAACAUCUGCGCUUGAAGAACAAAAACAACCAAUACUCAACUAAUCCACGUCAAGCACUUUGAACGGACGCUCUGCUUCCUUCUCAUCCAUCCUGCUGCACUUUGCAUGACGCUCUCCUGUGAAAGAACACGGACCAUGUACAGUUUGUCAAUCGCUGCUGAAAAGAGAGCGAACUCCAUCGCCACGACUCCAGGAUGGGAUUUAGACUGAACUGAGCAUUUUGAGCGACUUUGCCUUCAUUUAAAACGCUUCAUAUCGUCACCAUGGAGACUUGAAAUGCAUCGAGCUUAUGCUAUGACACACAACAUGCAUUUGAAUGGAUUUAGAGGUUGGACCCACUUCCACUCUGUGCGGAAGAAACAUGUCCUCAGAUUAAUGCAUUAAUAAUUCAAUUUGAUGUCUCUUAAAACAAAAACAAAAUAAGUCAGACUGCAGUGAGAGCGCGUGUCUCUCGGUACGUCUUUACUUGGAGAUUGAAAGCCUCGGGCCUGGUUUCCCAAAAACGUUGUCAGCUGAAGUCUCUGUAGGAGGAAAGGUUUCCUUUCCAUUCAUAGAAGAUUAAAAAGUUUUCAUUUAAGGAAGAACGUAGGAAGAAUGUUCGAAACACUCGUCUGUGGCCCACUAACACGGGGGACGGGACCGACGCCAUCGGACGAAUGCCGGACACACAGGUGAGCACCAGUACAAAGCAUCCGAGCGAUGCUGGGGGCGGAGCCAUGUGAGUUAACAUGAGAGGGCUUUCAAGCUACAGUGAUUUGGGGAAAUCAGGCCGAGUCUCACGAGGGAAUCAUGUAAAUAGACUCUUUAUUUUCAACUCUUUGCUUUGACGGAAGAAAAAAGACGCUACUGAGAUUCUGACAUUUGACAUUUCGUGCCCUACGAAGAAGAGCAUGAUGUUGUGUCCUUUCUCCACGUUUCCGUGUACCUGAGUCACGUUCCGUUCUUCGUGCUGCUGGUAGAAGAGCUUACAUCUGACCACACGUUUUAAAUCCAUCCGAUUUUGUGCGUAGACCUAAUUAAAGUGGAAGCAGAGAGCACACGUGGUGGCGUUGCACCACGGUGAGACACACUCAGGGACUACAGGAGCAGAGUCCAUUCGCCUUCAAUCACAUGGAUUAAAACUGUGUUUCACCUUGUCCCUGAGAAGUUUUGACACCGAAUGUGUUGGUGAAAAGAACACAGAUGACAUCAGCUGCUACUGUAUCUGCUCAAGACCUUGACUAACAAAUGGUUUUGAUCUUUAUUUCCUUGUGCCAUGAUGUGCUGGGUGGGUCGAGGUUGACUCCAUUAGUGUCAGUGUCAGGUGCUGCUAUCGUUCAAGUGCUCAUCAGUAAAGAUUGAGACGACUGUAUGUUCCAGUGCUUAUUAAAGGACAUGCAGCCAAUGUCCACUAGAGACGGGCCAUACCUUCAUGUCAGUGGGACGGUAACAACCUGAACAGUUUUGUUUCCUUCACUUCACCGAACCGCUCCAGUGCUGCUUCACCGAGCCGUGUUUUGAGUCACCAAAGGAAAUGAAAUUGUAAAAAGCAAUUUUCUCGCUAACGCUGUAAGUCUAUUGAGCCUCUUACUUUCUGCGUGUCAGUCUAUCAGGCGCUCGGUCUGCCACUUUGCCCCAAGACGGAAAUAUCUCAACAACUAAUGGAUGGAUUUUCCCUCGGGGUGAAUUAUAAUCACAUUAGUGACCCGCUGACUUUUUUUUCUGCAUACUUUGUUUUAUGACCAAAGUAUCUGCAAAGCUAAUUCAAGUCAAUCCAGUCGUCCCUCAAGGGGCAAACUGCAAAUACAACUAUGACACUGUGAGAGAGAACUACACAGGGGUUAAUUGCAGUGGCCCGCUCAGGGCCGGCGAACAAUAUCCACCACGACAAUGUCCAGAAAUAAUAGAGAUGUCAAAAAGGCAAGUGCAUUUCCUUCAACAGUCCCAUUAGCCUCCGAUGUGCUUUCUCAUGCUAAUGUGGGGGUUGGUUUUCAGAUGUGGGCAGGCUAACAUGCUAACUGGAGAUGGUCAACAAGCUCAUUAAACCUGCCCAGCACCAGCAUGAUCACAGCUAACAUGCUAGCAUUGUAGCUCGCCAAGGAGCCCACAGCUUCACGGAGCUGCAGCAGGGGGCCACGUCUAGGUGGCGUGAAGGGACAACGUCCAAUCUGAAAUAUUUUGGUUACGAUCUCCACUGUGCACACAUCAGUUAUAUGUACAGUUCAUUUUUCUUGCCAUCCAACAAAUGAGUACCACUACUGUAUCCAUCCAUCCAUCUGACCACACGUCUUCUCUAUUGCCCCUCCCUCCCUCCUCCCUCCUCCAGCCACUGUGACAGACUCAUCUGCGAUACAUCUGUCAGAGAAAGGAUUUAGUUACGCUUAAGUUGCUUUCACCCAUCCGGGGGGG